GUACAUGAAGCUACUUGACAGCUAACACUAACUUCCGGCUGUAGCCGCAUGGCUGCGUGCUUUCUGUUAGUCCAAGAGGUACCGAAAGGUCCCCACAAGCAAGCACGAAUGUGACCAGUCAAAAGGAAAGAGGUGACCGAAGCACACAGUUCGAAAGGAAGGAGGUUACCUUCACUCUUGACCGCUCUGUGCAAGGGCAGUCUCGGAAGACUCUUUUUCGAGGAGGGGUAACUAGGUGACGAGAAAUCCUAUAUACUGGGCCGCUGGCACGCGAAAACACCAAGCAUCGACUUUGGCCAACCUCUGCAGUUCACUGACCAAUCUUUCAACCCUUUCAAUAUCCAUCCGCGACGAUGAGUUCCUCUUUCAAAAAGGCACAAUCGCCAGCACCCGAGGCAAAGUCACCAAAGGGAAAGGAGAAGUCGCCCACACCUGGUCCCGCGUCACCAGCGGGAAAGAAGUCGCCCACACCGGGUCCUGCGAAGUCGCCCACGCCUGCUCCCACGUCUCCAGUGGCCGAUGAGUCUUCGGAGCCUGUUGGCCUUUUGUCCGGUGCCCAUUGGGGCCAGCAGGAGCUGGAUGAGGACAAUGACUCGACCCUGGGAAGUGACGCCGAAAGUUCGACCGCCUCGAUCACUUCCAGCAUCUUGCACUACCGUGAUGUCCUGGGACGAACCUACCACAGCGAUUCUGUGACUGACACGGAGUAUUGGGGCCCUAAUGAUGCCAAGGCAAAUGAGAUGUUGGAUAUCUUCCACGCGACCCUGGUUAGGUUGUUCGAUGGAAAGCUGUAUACGUCCCCGCUCAAUGAGAAGGAGAUCGAGAACGCUAUUGAUAUCGGUACCGGCACUGGAGUCUGGGCCAUUGACUUUGCGGACGAUCAUCCCAAUUGCAACGUAAUUGGCACCGACAUUUCCCCUAUUCAACCUAGCUGGGUACCUCCAAACGCCCGCUUCUUGAUCGAUGACGCAACUAAGGAGUGGACCUAUGAAGAAAAUUACUUCGACUUCAUUCAUCUUCGCUUUAUGACGGGCAUCAUCAAGGAUUGGGAUGCCCUGUAUAAGGAGGCUUACCGGUGCUGCAAGCCGGGCGGUUGGAUUGAACAACUUGACUGCGAUGCUGGAUGGUAUUGCUUUGAUGGAACGAUGGCUAAGACUUCCGCCAUGGCCCAGUGGGGUCCAAUUUGGAAAGAGGUUGGGCGGAAGACCGGGCUCGAGUUCCACGUGGUUUCUUCAGACACGAUGGAAAAGGGAAUGGAGAACGCUGGGUUCACCAACAUUACGUCCGAGGAUUACUAUGUUCCCGGCACGCCCUGGUCUGAUGACCCGAAGAUGAAGCAGCUGGGUCUCUACCAGUCUGUGGCGCUGACACAUGACAUUGAGGGCUUCCUUGUCUAUUUCAUGCCCAACUAUAUGGGGUGGACCCCGAAGGAAGUCGCAAACUACGCCACUGCUCUUCGCCGAGAGUUCAGGGAAGCUAAGAUUCAUUCUAACAUUAGGUGGCGCAUGGUGAGGGCGCAAAAGCCGCUGGAUGCUUAAGGUGGAUAACCGACGGGAGGCCAUGCCAAACGCCGGUGGGUGUUGUGAAUGUGAAUAUUUCAGCGGAGGAUCGUACAUGUAUCGUGCCCAUGCUUUUGGUUGUCAAUGUGGCCAGUAUCUUAUGUAAAUAGCGAUUUGGAUAUGACUUAUCAUCAUUUGUAUAAUGUCGUUUUGGAAACUGUCGUUAAAGA